AUGUCAAAUGGACAGCCAACAUUCGAUUCAUUUCCUGAUAUAUUUUCUACUGGAAAUGAUAAUACACAAAGAGAUAGCGAUAGUAAAUUUAGCAGUCGUAGGGAUAAAGAUCGUCGGGAGAGAGAUUCCAAGAGUAGAGACAUAGAGAAGGAGAAGAGAAGGAGAGAUGACCGUUAUAGAGAUAGACACCCUAAUAGAAAUAGAGAUAAAAGCAGAAGAGAAGACAGCUCUUAUUAUGACGAUAGAUACCCCUCUAAGAGUAGGAAGAGAUACGCUGAAUCUGCUGACAUAGACGAACCCUCCUCUAGCAACAGAAAUGUCGACUUUCGUCCCCCAAAGCUAACCUCAGACGAUAAGAGAUUCUUCUACACGAGUUCAUUUGGUGAUAAAAGCAACCUCACACUUGAGGGUCCUGAACUGGCAGUAAUACCAAGAUAUAGACGUUCUGGGAAAGGAAGAGUACUAGGACUUCCUAGAGACAUUCUUAUAAAUGAGAAAGUUCAGUAUAGAAGUCGUAACAUUAUAUUACCUUCAGAACACCAUUCAAGGUCGCUUAGAGCACCAAAAACUCGUUUACCAGAACAAGAUAAGAACGUCAGAAGAAUAGUACCAUCGAGGUCUAGCCUUAAGACGGAUGAAGAUUUCGUUCCACUAGUUAGUCAACGCAAGCGGGCCAAGCAACGAGAAGCACAACAACAUGGUUACUUGACUCUUGAUGUUGAUUACAGAAGCCUAGAGGGACCGUCGAAGUCGAAUAAUGCAGACGAAGAUGUAAAUGGGUCUUCAGACGAAAAUAGUGAUGAGGAGGAAUCCUCAAAAACAAGAUAUAAUGAUACAGUGAAGAAGAGGAUCGAAUGGGAUAGACACUUGAAAGAGAAUCCACAAGACGUGGAAGGGUGGUUAGAUUAUGUGAAAUUUCAAAAAGACAUUGUCAUCAAUGAAAAUAUAGAAGUAAGCUCAAAGAACGUACGAAAUGUUGUACUAGAUUUACAAUACCAAGUCUUGGAAAAGGCUAUCACAUACCAACCUAAUAAUGUAGACUUGAUCGUUAAGAAGUUAGAAAUUGGAGCGAGUGGAUUGAAGGAUGAUAUAAUCAGAGAGUUUCAAUUUGCGAUUCGCAGAUAUAAUGGUGUUUACAAAAUAUGGAGAUCAUAUAUAGAUUUCGUUCAGUGUCAUGCCUCGAUUAUCUCACGUGGGGAAAUAUAUCCCAACGAAGCUGACAGAAUGUGUCCAUUUGAGAUAUCAUCUAGAGUAUAUCGAGAUGCUUUCCAUGCUUUAGCCAACCAAGGCUCUGACAAUGAUUUGAUUAAUCUUUUUACGAGGUACUGCUCCUUUCUUUUGGGUGCAGGAUAUACAGAACGCGUUUAUUCACUCUAUCAAGCAGUUUUAGAACUCAACAGCAGGAAUAUAAGUGUUGACCAACUGGGAAAGUUGUGGCAUGAUACUAACUUCAAACGUGUUGGCAAUAUUGUCGAAGACAUCGACGAAGAGUACAGAUUGGAAUAUCCAGAAUACGCAACACUCCAGCUUCAGGAAUGGGAAGAAUAUGAGAUGAUCAACGAUACGGUAGAUAACUCAUUUCCUGUUGUUUGCGAACGCAAUUUCAGUGAUGAUCCAUUUAGGAAUGUUCUGUGGGAAGUAGAUCUUCUUCCAUUUCUAAUUAAGCUUCGUGGCGUAGAUUGCAAAGAAAAAUUAUUAGAUAGCCUUCUUAGCAUCUUCAGUAUAAGUAUGAUACCUAAUGGUAUUUCUACUAACGAUGAACAAGUCCGCGAUUUGCUUCUUCAAGGACGCACGUACUGUCAUGAAAAUUUCGAAUUGGGGUAUCCUUCAUAUUUCAAUCAACCACAAUAUAUCAAUACUAUCUUCCCUUUACAUGAUACUUAUCAAAACUUCAAAGAUGAACACCUUGAACAUCUGCAGAGAAUUGCUGAUGAUUUAGUUUUACCUCAAAAGCAGAUGCUGUUGUACCAAAACGAUAAUAGCAAGCUUAAGCAAAUUUUGGCAAAUAAUGUCGAUAAUUGGUAUUUAUAUGACAUAUAUGCAAGAUUACAGUACGCUAAAAGUAAAUCGGAAUCCUCAAGAAAGGUCUACAGGGAGUGUUUGAAAUCAUCUAGCGAAAAUGAAAUUGAUAGAGUGAAACUCUGUUAUAGCUGGUCACUUAUGGAGUUCAUGCAAGGUAAUCUGAAUGUGUCACUAAACAUUCUCUGUGAUAGUAGCUCCAGUGGUGUAGUCAACGAUUUGACACAACAGCAAACUACAAUGAAUAUACUCAAAGCUCGCAGGUUUUGGUCAUCGCUUGAUCUCUCCAAUUUUGAGGCUAUCAGCUGUCGUGCUUUAUUUGAGUAUCUAGUGAGUAGAUCAGACGAGAAAGCUGUAACAAUAUUCGAAGAAGCCUUAAAUAAACUACCAGCUUCAACUUACAAUCAUGAAGUAUUAUUAACAGAGUUGGUGUGUUUUAUAGACUCAUUGGAGAGGCUUCAUGAUAUGGAUCGCACAAUACAACUACCUUCAACUAGCACAAUCAAAUGGGUAUACGGGAAUGCAAAGAAAACAUAUCCCCAUAAUUCUCUAUUCAGGUAUUUGUAUUUCAACACUGAAGCGAAAUUUGGCGGAUAUAGGCAAUUGUUUGAUGAGGGAAUGGAAGAAAAUGAAUAUGCUGAAGUCUAUAUUCAAAUGGCUAAGAAUACGCUGAAAAGAAGCGAGGCAAAUAACGUACCAUAUGUAAAUAAAGUAAGGAGAAUAUUCGCAGUCGGUAUAGCCUCUCAAAAGGCACAACAUUCCGUUGCUUUAUGGAAGUCGUAUUAUGAAUUUGAGUUUAAUAUCAUGAAGGAUUACGGAUCAGCUGAAAAAGUAGUUAUGAGUAGUUUAAGAUUUUGUCCAUGGUCGAAGGAACUGCACAUGUUCAUAUUUAAAGUAAGCAAGAAAACUCAAAAUACAAAUCAUCUAUUACAAAUAAUCAACGUAAUGAGUGAAUAUGGUAUAAGAAUGCGCAUAGAUCCUUCUCCAUACAUUAGAAGAGCUGUUGAAUUUGAAUUAAACAAUGAAGAAAGGUUGAAAGCAGAGAAUUUGGUAGAAAAUAGUGAAAACAGCGAAGAAGAAAUGUUCAUGUAA